UCCUGAUAUUUCCUCAUGGAAAGAGUAUUUGGCAAAAGUUUUGUACAAAAAAGGUAUACAGAGAUCAUUUUUGAAACAUAUCAUAGUAUGGAUAUUUUUUAAAUUCAAGUUUGUUUCAUCAAGGUACUAUGAAAAAAUGCAAAUCCAAACUAGCCAAACUUACAGCAGCUGCGGAAUUAACAUCUGUCACUGAAACAGAGUCAGAAAAUUAUACAUCACAUCCAACUUCCAACAAACCUAAAGGCUACGAAGCACCAAGUUCUGCAAAAUCUGAUCAUAUCAGUAAUAAAGAAAAUAUACCACUUGCAUCACAACAAAUGGACAAUGAUGAUUUUGAUGAUUUUUUAAAUUGCAAUGAUAGUGAUACUAACGCUAUCACUCAGGAAUCUCAAUCUGUUCAGUCAACUUCCAUCAAUUCGCAAAGAAAAAGAAAAAUCGAGCAUCUCGAUAAUCAUCAGUUCAAAGUUGCUCUUAUGAAAUGGAUGAUACGAAUUGAAAAUAAUCAAAGGGAAAUAAAAGCAACUCUAGAAACAUUACAACUUGGAUUCAAUAAAGUUCCUUCUAUCAGGAACCCAAUCAUGAAAAAAUUAGGCUUACCAGCAUCAUCAGUAGAAAUUCUCUUAAAUGUGAAUGAAAUGCUUGCAGUUGAAGAGAAUUUUAAAGAUUUAGUAAAUAUUUUAAAGGCACAAGGAGGUGCGAAUUUAUCCGAAAUGUGUUCAAGAAUGAUGGCUACUAUUUUAACAGAUGAAUGCGGAACACAAUUGGUAUGGGUUGGAAGGCUGGAAAAUACUAAACCCGAUUCUAAAAAAUCUUUUAAAAAAACGCUUACCAAUAUAUACACUGCACUGCUUGAUGCUGCAGCUAUUGCAGAUAGAUGGAACUCAACAACGAAAAAUAUUGAAAUUACAUUUGGCGGUUGGUUAAUAAAAGCAAAGACAAGAAAAGAAAGAGCUUUGGCAAAAAAAUAA